GGCCGUCGUCCUCUCCGCGAGGGAGAAAGGUGAGCAGUAGUAAAUUGGACACCGCACCACCACCGAAAAGCUCGCACUCUCCUAACCAUGGCGUCGCCGCCGACGCCGCAGCCGCCGCCGCCGGUCGACGUCGACCUCGGCAAGCUCAGCUACGAGAUAUUCUCCCUCCUCGAGAGCAACUUCCUCUUCGGCGCCGGCGCCGGCGGCGGCGGAGGUGUUUGCUCGCUGCCUGGGACGCCCGGGAGGGCGCUUCUUGGAGGGAAGGUGAGGGUGCUCGCGAUCGAUGGGUGUGGUCCGGGACCAGGUGAUGCUCUGCUGGCGGCGGCGGCGCUGGUGAGGCUGGAGACGGCGUUGCGGGAGAAGUCCGGCGAUGGCGAUGCGAGGGUGGCGGAUUUCUUCGACGCGGCGGCGGGGGCCGGGGCGGGGGGUGUGUUGGCGGCGAUGCUGUUCUUGAAGGGGGCGGAUGGGCGGCCGCGGUACACGGCGGCGGACGCGCUGGCGUUCGUGGCGGCGAGCCUCGGGAAGGGCGGGUGGCGCGGCGGCGGCGGCGGCGGCGGGGGGAGGAGGUGGUGGGGGGUGGCGGCGCUGUUCCGGCGCGGGUCGUCGGCGGAGAGGUCGUCGCUGCGGCGGGUGUUCGGGGACGCUCACGCUGGGACAACUGUCGCGCCGCUGCUCGUCCCGUGCUACGACCUCGCCACCGCGGCGCCGUUCCUCUUCUCCCGCGCCGACGCCGUCGAGAGCGGCAGCUUCGACUUCCGCCUCCGCGACGUCUGCGCCGCGACGUGCGCCGGCGGGGCCGCCGCCACGGCCGUCCGCUCCGUCGACGGCCGCACCGCCAUCGCCGCGGCGUCGGGCGGCGUCGCGGCCAUGGGCAACCCCACCGCCGCCGCCAUCACCCACGUCCUCCACAACAAGCAGGAGUUCCCCCUCGCCGCCGGCGUCGACGACCUCCUCGUCGUCUCCAUCGGCUCCGGCUCCUCCUCCGCCGCCACCCCUUCCACCGCCGCCGGGUGGCGAACGCCUCUCCCCUCCCGCUCGCCGUCGCCCGCCGAGAUGGUCCGCCUCACCGCCGAGGGCGUCGCCGACAUGGUCGACCAAGCGGUGGCCAUGGCUUUCGGACACACGUGUGGGCGCAACUACGUCCGCAUCCAGGCGGCGUCGCCGGCGUGCAAGACGAAGGCGCUGAGCUCGGUGGACGCGAAGAAGGCGGCGGCGAUCGCCGACGGGAUGCUGACGCAGCGGAACGUGGAGGCGGAGCUGUUCCGGGGGCGGCGGCUGUCGGAGAAGUCAAACCGGGAGAAGCUGGACGCGUUCGCGGCGGAGCUUGUGAAGGAGCACGAGCGGCGGCGGGCCUCGCCGGGGCUCCCCAACGUGGUCAUCAAGCAGGUGGCCGCCGCCGCCGCCGCCGUGACGCCGGCGCGCCUCUCGUCGGCGACCACCACGUCGUCCGCCACCGCCACCACCGCCAGGACCACCGUCUCCAGCAUGCCGUCGCCGGCGGCGUCGCUGGACUCCGGCCGCCACUAGCAGCGGCGGCGGCGAUCGCCGGCGACGUCGUACGUGUAGAAGUUUUGUACAUUUGCCAUCCAUGGACAGACCGAUCGAGGAGAUGGUUAUUUAAUUUUUUUUUUAUUUACGUCUUCCGAUGAGUCACUGACAUGCGGGCCCAACCAAGAUGGAAAUGAGGUGAAAUAUUUAUAAACUUAAGUUAUAUAAAUAUUUAUGUAACUUAUAUCCAUCAAGCAAGGAUAUGAAUGUUAUUUAUUCGGUUAGUUA